CAGCUCACCUACACACUCUGGUCCUCAACGCGUCUUACGUUUUCCAAACUUCUGUCCAACACUCCUCCUGCAUUUGUUCUCGUUGCCUGUCCAGCUUUCUCUUUGAUAGCUUGACUUGAUCUUUGUCUUCCCGCGACUUGCGCCUGACCUAAUCCACCUGCCAAAACGGUCCGCUGGAUUCGUCUUAGCGUGUUCUAGCUGGACAUCUGUACAUCAUACACAUCCCCUCACACCGCUAGGGACAUCUCGACGUCGCAACGCGACAUGAGGCCCUCAAGACGAUAAGAACGAUACCGCUGUCCCUUGGACACGUUACUCCCAUCCAUACACAGUCCGAUUUAUCGCCGCCUUCCUCGAUUCGCAUCCCGCAUUCCGCAUCUGUCCGAACGCCCUCGUGCCUUGCUUUCUGGAGGACGUGUCUGCUCCGUCGCCACUUUAGUAGACUUUGAUACCCCCUUAGACACAAUAGAGAAAUGGCUUUUCGUCAGCAACAUCGUCCCCAGAGCUCGCGACAGAUAUCCUAUCAUGCACCAGAGUCCGCUGUCGAGGCCGCAACCACCUCUCCACAACUCAAGCGACCUCUAGAGCAAUCAGAGGAGUGGGUGCUCUUCUCGCCAGUGGCCCCCUCGACCACCGCACGCACGCACACUACCUCGACCGAGCGAACCCCGCGCACAGCUGGUCUGUCACGUUUCAGCGAGUUCGGUUCACUCGACACAGCGGCUCCAUCAGAGCAAGAGGACGAUGCUGGCACCUUCUUGGAUACAGACGAUGGGGAAGAGUUGGAUAGUUUGGACGACGGAUUGCAUGCCUUCCAUGAGCCUUCGGAAUAUGCAGCGCCGGUGAGCAGGGUGCAGCAGAGCGGCGAUACCGUACUCCCCACGCAUGACGGGCUGGGUGAGUUCCAGCCCGAUGCGAACCUGCAAGAGCACAUGUGGCAGUUCGAGCGACCGCGAAGACGUGCUGCGAGACGGCGAUCUAGUGUACAGCGACACUUCACCAUACUAGACGGCACAGACCAUGUCGUCCCGGAGCAAGACAGGCGGCAGCGCAUUGAGCAGUGGCGGCUAGAGCAGAGUAAAGCGCUGUUGGAGGAAAUCGAAAAGGAGACAAGACGGAGGCGGCGGAUGAGCAUGGUCAGCGCUGUGCGAAGUCGAGUGGACAGUACACAGCAGGAUACCAAUGGUACCACAUCGCAAGUCGCUCAGUCGGUCUCAGAUGUGCAUAGCGAAUCAUCUGACGAGGGCACCGAGCACCUAUCUCUGUGGCAACGGAUAACAAGACGGGUGAUUCGGGAUCUUAUUGGCCUCGACGAAGACACACUCUCCGUCAUUUUUGGCGAAGCACUGCCAGAGCAAGCGAUGACGCCCAAACUAGGCUCGCCCGCCGAGUAUUCUACGGACACAGCUUUACAAGAGGCAGGUGUCGAUGCAUCCACCCUAUCUGACGACAGCUGGCAGACAAAGUUACUCGAGCGAGUAGCACAAGAGCUUGGAAUUUUGGUCCAUCAGCUCUCUGAGCAUCCUGGAGCAUUCUCGACAUACCAACACACGCAAUCCACUCCAGAUUAUGCAGGUUUAACGUCAACAAAACUCAACCCGACUCUUUCAACCGACCUAGCAUCCUCACGCCAGACUAGCUCACAACCCUCAGCACCAUCCCCCGCUUCAGCCCAGUUCGCACCAACCUUUCCCGCAACACCACAUGAGUACAGCGAAGCAUCACUGUGGGGCAUCGAAGAAGAGUUGGAUGAGGUCGACCCCCUCAACUCCUUCCGCCCGGCCCCCGCCGCUGCCGCAAACAUCGCCGAAGAUUUAGAACGAGAGCGCGAAUACUGGGAGCGAGAGUUGGAUGUGAAAAUGAUCUUCAACUUCCUUAUGAAACGCUUCUCUACUCGACGACCUAGUAUUUCCUCACCGCAGCCGCGCAAAGUUUCCAGUGCGCCCUCGGCUAUUGCCACAGACGAAGGCGUGAAUUCUGCGCGGAGAGCUGCCAUCAUACGACAGCAUCACCCUUUGGUCGACAGGACGACGGAUAGAGGGCUCCCGACGUCGUCCGCCGUAAACGUGAGGGAGGGCAAGAGGAAGGACGCUCCAUACCGGACGUACUUUACGCCACAGAACAUGAAUGUGAUGAGGCAUCAGAAGCUCAGGAGUACUUCUAGUUGUGCAAGUCAGAGCACGAAGAAGAGCAAACGAAGCGGUGGGUCGGGGCGCAACUAUUGGGACCUCGGCGGGAGCGUCGGCAGCGGCAGCGUCUUUGCUGGUGAAGUAUAAGGGACGACUGGAUGACAUUCAACGAUGCAAAUGUUGCUACGAUAUAGGCAGGCGUAGCAUGACAUGGAAUCGGAAUUUCUCACGACAUUAGGAUCAAGAACGAAAUCAGCAUAUACAUGAGGGUCGGAGUAUGGUUUUUGCAUGCGGUGGGCUAGAAGCAUUAGGGAUGACAGCGUUACGAUUGGCGUUUUAUUCAGUUGAACAGUUUUCUGUACUUUCGCUACUCAGCAUCUAUGAUACCUAGACAUUUUCAACCGAUUUUGCAAUGGGGCUGCAUCUCGUUGAAUGACUUGGUUUUCCCUGUACUAUACGUCUCCUCUACUAUAUACUGCACACAUCUACGAUCAGUCAUAUCUCAGCCGGAAGAGUCGUGAUUCUUAUUUUGUUACUGGGCUGUUUACUUAACAAUGGCCUUCAGCCGCUGCAAUAGGCGGAUUCAAGCUUACAGUUCUUACAGAGACUCUUCACAAAACAUAGACUUGAUAUAGCGCGAU